AUGGCUACCAAGAUGUUAAAGCAUAGCACAAAAAGUCAAGCACCAACAAACCAGAACAGCCCACAUCAACCUACAACCAAUAACACUUCGGACACAACAUGCGAAAUGAAUGGAAAAGAUAAUAACAAUAUGCACAGCCGCACCCAGAUUAAACUAGAAAAAUGUAUUCGUGGUUUAGCAGCUUUAGUUGUCGUUUAUGAUCACACCCAGUAUUUUGGUAAACAACGUUUGGCUUUUAGGACAUUUACAAAUUGGGAACUUAUGGA